AUGCACCAGCUGGCCCAGGAGACCGUGGAGCGGGCGUUGCAGAUCGACACGAGCCAGGUGGGCGGGGCCCAGGCGGACCUGUCCUCCGCGCUGCGGCCCGCAAGCCUGCUGGAGCUGCGCUACGUGCGCCUGCUGAGCAGCCUGUCGGCCCUGAGCUACGGGCUGUCGGCCUGGAAGCCGGGUUGGCUGGCCCGCAGGCACGGCCUCACCCUGGUGGCCACCUCCACGGCCUGCGCUGCGGCGCUGGCCACGCCCGGCGGCCAGGCGCUCGCGGCCGCCGGCGACUCCGACGCGAUGGCCCCUGAGCCGGCGCUGGUGCGACAGCGCUGCGCGGCGCUUGCGCCCCGGGAGGCCGAGCACGAGGGGGAGGAUGCCACACCAGGCGGGGCCGCGGGUUCAACCGACACGGCCACCCGCCCCGGCAUCGACCGCUGGUACGUGGCCGACUGCGCGCGUACGGGGGUGCGCUACGUCGUGCUGCAGGGGUCGGACACCCUGGACCACUGGCGCGUGAACCUGACCUUUGACCCCGUGCCCUUCGAGGGCGCCGAGCUGGGCACCCAGGUCCACCGCGGCGUCUACGAGCUGGCGUGCGCGCUGUACCCCGUCUUCCUACCCCUCGUGCGCGAGCACGUGAUGGCAGCGGCGACAGACUCGCCCGGCGCGCCGCCACGCCGCCUCGCCUUCACGGGGCACUCGCUGGGCGGCAGCGUGGGCGUGGUGCUGUCGCUGAUGCUGGUGGCGCGCGGCGAGCUGGCGCCGCGCCACCUGGCGCCGGUCUACACCUUUGGCGCACCCGCGGUGCUGCACGACGGCACAAACGACGGCCUGCUGUGCGCGCUGGGCCUGGACGAGGGCGCCGUGCGCGGCGUCACCAUGCACCGCGACAUCGUGCCCCGUGCCUUUGCCUGCGACUACGCGCCCCUGGCCGAGGUCCUGCGGCGCCUCUCCGCCGCCUUCCGGGGCCACGGCGGGCUGGCGCCGGGCGCCGGACGCCAGGCCAUGUACCGCCACGUGGGGCGCCUGUACGUGCUGCAGCCGCCGGCGGAGCUGCGUUUCACGGCGCGCGAGGGCUACCACCCGCUCCUGCCGGCCGCGCCCGGCCUCUUCCGCUUCGUGGCGCCCGGCGGUGGUACGCGGGGGGCGACCGCCCGUGCUGGCCCUGCACCCUCGUCCACCGCACCCAGCACCAAGCCCUGCACCCGGCCGGACUCCCUGGCAAACGCGGUGUGGGCCUUCAUGAACGACACCCAUCCGCUGGACACGCUGGCGGACCCGGCGGCCUACGGUCACGCCGGCAGCAUCUCCCGCUUCCACAACCCGGACAACUACACCCGCGCCUGCGGCGCGGUCCUGCGCUGCGCCGGCGCCAGGCUCGAGCGCAUCACCGAUCCAGUGGCGUUCCAGAAGAUGCUUGCCGACAUGAAGGCCAAGGCUGAAGAGCAAAGGUUGCUGGCUGCCAAGAGGGAAGCAGAGCGUGCAAAACGGGAAGGUGCCAACUACAAACCUGGCGCCUCAGAAAGCAUUCCAGCCAGGGCUGCUGACGAGGUAGAGGCGGUCGGGAGGAAGGUCGAUGCCCAGAGAGAUUACUAUGCCACGCUGGGGAUCGAAAGCUGUGCCGCAGUGGCGGAGAUCAAGGCGGCUUACAAGAAGCUGGCCCUGCUGUACCACCCAGACAAGCACAAGGCCGAGGACGCUGAGCAGCAGGCCGCCAUUGCCGACAAGUUCCGGGAGGCCGCCGAGGCAUUCGAGGUGCUUUCCGACGAGCGCUCGCGAGCCCUGUAUGACAAAGUCAGGGACUACCAGGGCGCCAACCCCGGGCGGGGCCUACCCCUCCUGAGCCGGGAGGAGGCUGCCAUGAUGGCCUCCGGGGCCGCUGAGCUGGCGCGCCUGCGGCGGCUGGGCACCAAGCACAUCAAGCACGCGCCCAGCGCACGCAGCGUGGCCCUGCCCCUCGAGCAGCUCAACUCCGGGUGCAUGAAGACGGUGACCUUCUCUCGCCGGCGGGUGGACGACCACGGCAUCGAGUACAGCUCCACCCGGAGCUUCUACCUUGUCAUCAGGAAGGGCUCGCACCAGGGGGACGUCCUGACCUUUGAGAGCGAGGGCGACGAGACGGUGGACACGCAGCCCGGAGACUUGCUGGUCACACUGGCGGCGGAGCCCCACCCCAGGUUCAGGCGCUCAGGCCCCAAGGACCUGGAGACCUUUUGCGGCCUGCUCCCCGCCGCCCAGUUUUUCGCAGCCGUAGAGGUUCCCACCCCCUCUGGCGCGCCGCGCACGCUAUGCGCCCGCAUCCUGCCCCAGCUGCUCGCCUCGGGCGGCGCGGGGGGCACCUGGGUGGGCACCGUCCGGGGCCAGGGCCUGUUCGACCACGACGACCCUUGGGGCGCGCCGCCAGGCGACCUGAGGGCCUGCCUGCGCUACCCGGCGCUGAGGCUGAGACCCGGCAGCGUGCGCGUCGCGGCGAGGCCCGGGCUGCUGUUGCUUUUUGGCAGCGCCAGCGAUCCCAUCUCCGGCGCCGCGUUGGGGGGCCUUCUGGCCGCCCAGCUUGCCCACGAGGCACUGACCCAGGACCUGCGGGAGGGGGAGGGCGAGGGGGCAUGCAGCGUCGAGCUGCUGGAUGAGGAAAUGGCGGCGCUAGAGAGCGCAGACGCUCUGGUCCUUGUCUCCGCUGAGUCGGGCGAGGGCUCGGAGGGCGGCGCGGGGGCAAUGGGCGUGACGACCCCGAUGGGCAGAGUUCCAGCUCCAGACCUGUCAGCCUCGCCCAGCGGUGCACGCGCCUCAACCCCCUUUACACCUCCCCCACCCCUCCUCCUGCGGACCCUGCUGGCGCCGCUGCUGGCCAGGGGCGCGGCGGUGGCCGGCAUGGGCGGAGCCCUACCGCUCCUGCACUCCGCCGGAGUACUGCCCUGGUACUGCGCAUGCGCGGGCGAGGCGGACGGCGGCUGGCGCGGCCUGCACCGAGAGGCGCAGCGCUCGGCGGUGCCCUGCGUGGGCGUGGCGGCGGGGGCGGGAUACCGCGUCGAUGCGCUCACGGGCGAAGCGCACGCGAUCGUGGCCCCUGGCACCGACGCCCUGGUGGCGGCGGCCAGCUGGGAGGCGGGACCGGGGGAGCCGCAGGGCUUUGAAGCGGACGAGGACCGGGGGUUUCUCCUCGCUCUGGAGCCGGGGGCAGCCUGA